AUGUAUUUAUACAAAAAUCUUGAAUUUGCAGAAGCCGAUGUUCAUGUUUACAACGAUGCUGAAACAUCUACCUGUAAGGGUAUAUUUUUCUCAACUCAAGACAUGAGAUCCGAUCUCAGCAAAUGGCCGGAAAUAGUGUUCCUCGACGGCACUUACAAACUUACUAACAACGACAUUACCUUCAUGGUUUUCCUUGUCGAAGAUGGAAACGGUCGGGGGCAAAUUGCCGGAGCAGCUUUAUUAUCAACAGAGGAACGAGAUGUCCUUGAAUGGAUGCUGAACGCGUUCAAAACAACUAAUGAAGAAGCGUGUAAAAAAAUUAAAUGCUUCAUGACAGAUAAAGAUCUGCUGGAACGUGAUGUUUUGAAAACUGUCUUCCCUAUGGUUCCGACUUACAUAUGUGGCUUCCAUAGUAUAAAAAUUUUUGAAAGAGUUGUCAAAAAUCCGGAAAUGAAAUUAAAUAGUGAAGACAAGAUAGCAGUUAUGGAUAUUUUAAGAAAACUGGUUUUUUCUUCAUCGAAGGAAGAAUAUGAUGACUUAUAUUUAGAAUUAAAUUUAACUGCAACACCUGAAUUUAUGACAUAUUUUAAUAAUAAUUGGCACAAUAUUCGCGAGGAGUGGUCUAUGUACAGCGUACUGCAAAAUAGCCUUGGAAACACUAGCAAUAACCGACUCGAAUCAUUAAAUGGUAAAAUGAAACAAGUUCUUGAAAAGAACUCACCGCUAUUGAUAACAAUAAAAGACUUUUUUCUGUGGUAUGGUAGUCACAAGACCGGGAGUCUUCUUAGAACUGCUGCUCAGUUUUUGAAAAAAAAAAAUUUGCAAUUUGAUGCCGAUGAUUCAGAGAAAAAGUACAUGAAAACCUUGACCGAAUUUGCAAGUACUAAGGUCUUAAAAGAAAUCAAGCUUAGUAAAAAAAUUGUUUGCUUCAACGCUGAUUAA